GCUGCCACGUCCUCGGCGGCGAGCGGCGGGCGGGGAGCGCAGCCCGUGCCUCAGCCCCACGUGUGGCGGCGGAGCGGGGAAGUUGCCGGCGGCCGGCGCUGCGGACGCUGCUGCUCUCCGCCGCUGCCCGGCCCUUCCCGUCUCUCGGAGCACGCAACUCCAAUUUCUUGCACAGCCAACCACUCAGUGGAAAAAGAAUUCUUCAGCCUCUUGUUUCAAAAGACCUCGGACAAUCUUCUGCUGUUACACUCCCUUUGGUCCCACAUUUCAGCAAAAAAAAGAUCCAAAGAGGAGGAUGAGGCAGCUUAGAGGAAAACCCAAAAAAGAGACCUCCAAAGAUAAAAAGGAGAGAAAACAAGCAAUGCAAGAGGCCCGGCAACAGAUCACCACCGUGGUGCUUCCCACACUGGCUGUUGUAGUACUGCUGAUUGUUGUGUUUGUUUAUGUAGCGACUCGUCCCAAUACAACUGAAUGAUGCAGCUUUUCAGACUCUCUAGCUUUGGGAUAUUAAUUUUACCAAGAGCCAAAAGGAACUCUCUGCCACUCUUUUAGUACUUUGCAAAGGAUCUUGCUGGUAUUUUCAGUCUUUCUCUUGGCUACAGUCCCACAGAUUCUCUUUAGGAAUGUAACAUAAAACGUAUUAGUGAAUGUGCCAGUACGUUUUAUGGUCCAGUUAUGUGCCUUUCAGACUUUUAAAAAUGGUGUUUUUCGUAAAGCUGUUUGAAGCUCUAUAUUGUAAAAGGAAAUCGUGUUCUGCUAUAAAUUUGUAAAAAAUCAGCUUUCAGCUUUUAUCACUGUUACAGAUAAUGUUGCUCCCAUGAGCUCUUGUAUGUCUAUUUCAGAACUUCCAAAGAAGUACAUUUCUUCUUUGUACUUAAUGUCAUAUGAUGUGCUUUGAUUCAGAAAAGAUAUAUUUAUUUUUUGAAUAAAAGAAGUCUUACUUGGAAUCUUCAAAUUAUUUUGCAAAAAAAAAAAAAAAAAAAGUGACAUUGUGAGAGCCUACAUUGUGUAAUAAUUUUUUCAUCAACCACUAUAUAGUUCACUCAAAAAGAAUUUCUUUUUGGUGUGAGAUGUCAACAUGCAAAGUGAAUACUUCAGGACCUGCUGUAUGGAAUCUUACAGAAUUUGGACAGGGACAUUCUGCCAGGUUAUGGUGAAGUAACUAAUAACAAACUGCAUAAACACAGAUAGUUGCUUAUCUGAAUGUUCAAUAUUUGAAACUGUGUAAAUGGCAAUAAAAAGGUGGUUUUGCAUACAAAACCUUGAUUAUUUCUUUUAUUAAGAAGGAAGAAGUAACAGUGUAACUUUAGUCCUCAUCCCCUCAUUAGAAGGAACCUGUGAGCACAGGUUGGGCAGUUUAAUUCUAGGAAAUUAAGCUGCAAAUUCUCAUCAAAAUGCCCCAAUGAACCUGUAUUCUACUACAGCCCUUUUUUAUUCAAGUAAUUUAAGGCACUCAAUAGGCAUUAACCUUCAGAAGAUUUUGGGGAAGGAGAUUGGGAACUCCUCACUGCUGCUUAAAUGCAGGCCAAAGAAGGAAAAACAUGAUGCUCUGGUGCACUGGUGCAUGGCAGGAAAUAUUUAUGUGCUUAAAGAUCCCGUGAGUCUUUCCCUCAUGUGUAGUAUUUUGGCUAAGGCAUAGUCCCAGUGAAGUCAGCAGGACUCUUCACUGAGGUGCCAGUGAAAGAGGGGGCUGUGUUUCCUGCAUCACCUCCAUGUACUGCUCCUGUGCAGAAUACUGCUGCCACCCAAAGUUGCUUUACAAAAAAAAACCCACUCCAGGUGAGCAAAUGCAAGUCCUUGCAGUGUACUUUUCCCUAAGGCCCAUAUUCCCACAGCAGGGUGAGCCUAUGGCUGGGUAUAAACUGGCUCCCCUGGGAAUGAUGCAGAUAUCUGAUGGUGUGAGGGUGGCCGUGGCUCCUGACUUGGUGCUAGUGCUGUUGGGAGUGUCUAGAAUAAAACUGGCCCUGAAGACAGAUGUUUUUGAAAUACAAAGUUUACUAAAACUUAAAGAGUUUGGAUGAACUGUGAGGUUGUUCCCCCCUGCAGUUUGCAUCCUAGUUGGGAUAUCUGCACAACAAGCUGCACAGACAGCAUGGCCAGCGUGGUCUGACUGCAAGAGUGUUCACCUGCCGAGCGGCCAGCGGGAAGUCUGCUGGCAAACCCCUGUGCUCAGCGGGCCGUGCGCUGACACUGAAAUUAUCUGUGCUUUGCACUGACAACUGCUUCCUUCCGCUGGGGAGCUCUCAAAUGAUGAAUCUCUAACGGUAAUUGCUUAGUCUGUCAUCUCCCAGCUGUUUCUGUUCUCCUAGGCACCAAAUCCUUGUCCUAUUUUUAUUUUAUCCUCAGUCAGGGAUGGCUGCAGUGGAGCUCUGGUAGUUUGCACCUUUUUCAACUGUGCUGUUCAGCUUGAAUAAAAUUUGUGCCUGAGCAAGUGA